AUGACGGGAGUGGCUUCGGUGUAUUCGUCCCCGCUCUCUCACUCACUUUUGCCUUGUCUCCGCCGCCGUCUAAUUUCGGAUCAUUUCUCUCCUCCGUUCAGCUGUUUCCACAGGUUUGUCGUUUCCCAUUAUCACCGGCAUAUGUUUUCUUCAAGUCCAUUUAAACCUCCGGCAGCGGCUAUUUUUGCUCAGGCAAGACGGGGAUCCUCCUCUUCUUCCAAAUCCAAAGAAGAAGAAAUCGCCACUCCGGCCGAUUUGCAAUUCGAUGCGCCGCUUAAAAUCGUGGAAUAUCCUGACCCGAUUUUGAGAGCAAAGAAUAAGAGAAUCAACACGUUCGACGACAACCUGAAGAAGUUAGUAGACGAGAUGUUCGACGUAAUGUACAAGACAGAUGGCAUUGGACUUUCAGCCCCACAAGUGGGCAAAAAUGUGCAGCUUAUGGUGUUCAAUCCUGUGGGUGAACGAGGACAAGGAGAAGAAGUUGUCCUCGUGAACCCGAAAAUUAACCGGUAUUCGAAAAAGGUGGAGCUUUACAAUGAAGGUUGCUUAUCGUUUCCUGGGAUCAAUGCUGAUGUUGAGAGGCCAGAAUCUGUUCGAAUUGAUGCUCAGGAUAUCAAAGGAGAGAGCUUCUCGUUUCAUUUGAAUGAACUUCCUGCUCGGAUUUUCCAGCAUGAAUACGAUCAUUUGCAGGGAAUCCUUUUCUUCGACAGAAUGAGUGAAGAUGUCCUUGAGGGCAUCCUGGCAGAUUUGCAGGCUUUGGAAAAGAAGUACGAGGAUAGAACUGGAUUGCCAAGCCCUGAAAAAGCAGAGGCCCUGAGAAGGAAAAAGAGAACAGCUGCCGUUGGGUUUGGAAAAUCAUAA